AUGAAAAAUGCAGUCUGCUAAUUUUUUCUUGGUUGGUGCUGUUUCUAUAAUUUUACCACUUUAUAGCCUUCAGCAAAACUCCUGUCCAAGUGGUCCAGUGAAUCAUGUGAUUGUAGAGAGCGUCCCCAUUGAAUCAGAAAUAGACGAUCAUGGACACAUUUCUGAGGAACAUGUCACAGUUCCUCUGAAUACUAGUGUCAGCUAUCCAAUUCUUCUUCAUCAUGACUGCAUUGAUGAUUUGACUCUUUUCGUUGGGAAAGAUGGAGUGUUCAUCAGUAAAGAUAACUUCAAAACAGUGGCCAAAACAGAACAAGUUGCUGCGGAAGAUUAUUUUGAACCUGUCACUCGUGCUGUCCUUGUGAACAAUCACACUCUGUUCAUAGCUGGAGGUAAAGUUGUUGUCUACGAUGUCUACAAAAAGUCAGUCAAGCUAGCUAAUGGCAUUCAUGACGAUGAAGAAGUGACAGACAUCUCCUCCUUCCACUGCUGUGCACAGACCACCCAGUGGUGUUCCGAUCUGAGCAAUGUCGUCCUCGCCUACAACAGACAUGAGAACGUGUCGGAGUUCUUCCUCUCCGUGGAUGGUGGCCUAACAUUUACCGAGAAGCCUCUCCCGAAUGAGUUCUCUGGCAGAAUCUAUGGAGUAAUUGUGACCAUUGCCUACCAAUCUAUUAGAAUCCUCAUAAAAACUGGAAACAAGGCCUCAGUUUUAGUAAGUGGUUAUGCGGGGACAUUGCCGACUCUGUCAAUCACACCCUUCAGGGUGAUGGGAGAUGACAUCAAUAUGGUUCAAGUCAAUUCGGCAUAUGGAUCUCUGCUGAUUUGGGAUGAACACGUGCUCUACUUUACCCCAAAUGCAGGUCAAACUGCAAUGGAAGUUGUAUUACAUCAACACGAGAAGUCAAACUCUUCAUAUUUCUUUGAAGAAGGCGAAACGAUUAGACAAAUUAUUUCAACAAGUGAUGGUAACUUUGCAUUCCUCACGACUGAGAUGAAUUUGUUCUAUGGGAGGGAAGGAUUCACAACAGAGGCAAUAAAAAUUUUUGACCACGGUAAAGACAUCUCAGAUGAGACGACUAUUGCAUUCACCGACAAUGGAGACCUCUUGAUCUUGACACCAAGCAACACCAUAAACAUUCAUCCAGUCUUCCAAACCCAGACAAUCUACAUCAAAGAUGUCGUGAAUCGUUUCCGUCCACAGUUAAAGAAUUGUCCGCUGCAGAUCUUAUCUGGGGACCACCACCAAGAUGUCCUGUACCUGGACAAUGGUGAGGACCUGGCCUUGCAGGCACAACUCACAAGAACAAGGGUAGAGAACAAGAUCAUCAUUAGCGCCACGAAUCCUGGCGUUGUUGCAGUCAAAACCGUUUAUACCAAAAAGAGUCAACAUAACGAGUUCACAGACAGUUUUAAAACUACCCUGACCCAGAAAGCAACUCAACUUGAACAACACGCCGCUGGUGGUUUAACUAGCAUCCGAACAUGUAGUGUGAAAUCAAGCUUGACUUGUAACAAAAACCCUGAACUGGUGACGCAUGUGUCUGUAGGAUGCCGACCCACAAAGAGCAUCCGUGUACGGCAAGCCAGAACCAGAUGUGACAUCAUGAAGAACUUCACAUAUACUAUUCCUGCAGAUAAAUAUGAUCCGAAUUAUAUGGAUGGUAAAGCUACCAAACCUAAGACGCUGACAUACGAUUAUGCUCUGUUAGGAUGUCCUCUGACGGUCUUCCACAUGGAGAGUAUCAUUCCUACAGUCGACUUGUAUGAUGGCAACAAAUUCCUGAGUGAAGUCAAGGCAGACUAUGUUGUGUAUGAGAUCCAUGGUCGUAACACAUACAACUUCACAGUUAAGCAUGCUGAUAUCAAUUGCCUUCGAAAACCUCAGACUUGGAGAGAUAUGCGUUUGAAACGCCCUGGGCUAGACCCUGGACUACACUGGAAUAGAAUGAAUUAUUGUGGCUGCAAUUCGACAGCGGAUUGUCACGAUCACGUGGAGGAGGAGGGUGAGGAGGGAGAAGAUGGUCACGGUCAUGGAGAAGAAGAAAAAGAAGAAGAAGAAGAAGAAGCUGAAGAAGAAGAGGAUGGGCAUGGGCAUGGGCAUAAAAGAAAAAAGAGAGUUCACUCAACCAAAACAGGAAAAUCAGAGAAAGAGAACAAGAGAGCUCUGCAGAGUAAAACCGUGACUAAGUCACAACCUGGGACAAAGUCACAAUCAAAGAGAGUUGUGACAAAGAAGAGGAAGAUCAGGUCUCAUACAAAAAGUUCCGCCUUGAAUAAGUUGAAGAGAAAGCGUUCCAUAGAGAAGACGAGCGGGAGAAGAGGACUGAGGAAAGUGGGGAAGAGCAGGACAGGGAAGACAAGUGGGAGAAGAGGACUGGGGAAAGUGGGGAAGAGCAGGACAGGGAAGACAGGUGGGAGAAGAGGCCUGGGGAAAGUGGGGAAGAGCAGGAUAGUGAAGAGGGAGGAAGAUGACCAUGGCCAUGAGGAGGAAGCUACAACUCCAGCACCUGCUGAGGAGGAACAUGGCCAUGAAGAGGAAGAAGAAGAAGAAGAAGAAGAUGAAGAAGAGGAUGGCCAUGGCCAUGCAGCUGAAGAAGCAUCUAGUGCCGUGGAGGGAGAGGACCAUGGAGACCAUGCCCGCUAUGAGCUUUAUGAAACAGAUUCACAAAUACCGUACGAAAUAUUAAAUGCCGAUUUUCCCAAUGAAAUGACCUUUCAGGGCCACAAUGGAAUCUAUGUGUUUGAAUUGAUCAUUGUGGACGCAAGUUUUAGUUUCUGUGAGCUGAGGACCAAAUUUGCCAUCGAGGUGUCAGGAGCCAGUCCCGAUACGCAAGUCCCCACCCUGGUUAUCACUGGAGGAAUCGUUCUGGUGACUUUGGUAGCCAUUUAUGUCAUAUUCGUCACCAUGCUCGAGAACAAGAGGUCCGUCAUGAAAGGGGAGAUCGAAAGUGAGAAACUCAAAAAUUUGAGGAUACCCAACGUGGCAAAACAUGUGAUUGAUAAAAAAGAGAAAUAAGAGACUGUUAUCAAUUUUGACCCAAAUUUAUAGCAAAGAGUUCAAAUUUGCUCAAGAAAUCUAUCUUUCCAUGACAAACUUUGAUACGUUUACAGUGGAACCUCCCUUAGCGGACGCUUCUCUAUCAAGGACCGCUAUAUUAAGGACAGUAGUUUUGGUCCCAAAUUGGUUGCUUCCAUUCAAUUUGACCUCUCUAAACAGGACACCUCUAUUAAGAACAGCAUUUGUCAGUCCCAAGAGAGAGGUUCUACUUUACAUGUAAAGCAGAUAAUGAUAAUGCAGGGAUAUGUGAUGAGCAAGGCCAAGGGACUAAUUCCCCAUCCAAUUUUCAUUUGUAAAAAUCAAGUGCAGCAGGCCUGGUAGUCCACUGAACCCGCCUAGAGAAUCGGCUACACAAUUUGUUGAGACUUAAGCGCCCUGCAAAUGAGCGAUAUAAAUCACUGUUACCUGCAAUUACAAUCGACGCUAUGUGCUGCAAAAAAUCUCUCGUCUGCGGAUAAAACUUGUAAUAGCUGUGGGUUCAAAUUAGCCCCUCUGCCCCUGCCUAUAGUCCCCCCUUUACAGGUUGAAAUAGUGUCAACUUCUAAGUUGACACUUCUAAAUCAAAAUUUGAAGUGACCAACACCUCUCAACUUCAUCAACUUUUUUUAAUAUAAAAGUAAAAAAUCUGUGUAAAAUCUGUUUGACUUCAGUGUCGAAUCCUGGCCUAAGAGUAAAAUGCCAAGGGUUUUACACCUGACGAAGGGCAGGGGCGUGGGUACACUACAGGGUUGACAAUGAUUGCUGCAAUAUCAGAUCAUCUAAAGUUGGACCAGUUCCCUACGCUGGGAAGAAUAUGUGAAUACACAUCAUUCAAUGCGAUUAGGGAAGACACUUCUCAGUAUUUUUAAGGUGUAUUUAUUUUUAUCGGUCUGAUUGAUUUUAAUUUGCAUUUCAGCAAACAAUAAUUAUAAACUGUUCCUCUACUCGGAAUUGUGCAAGUGUUAAUUCGUUUUAUUAUCAUGUUUAAUUUUUUUUUCAACAGUGUUAUACCUUAUAUUUUUGAUACAAUGGUUUUUACCAUAUUUUAAUGUUUUUUGU